UUUACCACAUCAAAACUGAAACUGACAAUACAAAAAUCUCAUCUUAUCUUUUAUGUUAAAGGUGAGCAAAUGACAUUCUAAAGCAGAGAAGCAGCCAAAAUAAUAAAACUGAAAUGCUUAUGUUGUGCAUCACUUCUAACCACAAAUUCUAACUUUAAAUCUUUCGAGAGGCUAUAAAUACCAUGCAUCAGCUGUUAUUUUACUCAUCAAUCGAAAACACAAGCUCAAAAUCUCAGUUAGUUGAGCAGUUUCAAAUACCUGAGUUAGUAGCGCAACACAAACAUGAAGGGAGUAGCGAUCUCAAUGUUGGUAAUGCUCGCCAUUGUUCAAUUGGUGGUGCCAGGAGAGGCUGUGGACUGCGGGCAAGUGAACUCGUCGCUGGCCACUUGCAUUCCGUUCCUGACUGGAUCAGACGCUUCUCCUUCCGCUUCAUGCUGUGCUGGGAUCAAGAACAUUAAGACACUCGCUCAAACUUUAGCCGAUAAGCGAGCUGCGUGCGAAUGUAUUAAGACUGCUGCUGCUCAUUACCCCAAUAUAAAGGACGACGCUGCCUCUUCCCUCCCCAAGAGGUGCGGAGCUGAUAUCAAUAUUCCCAUCUCCAAAACCACAAACUGUCAGGCCAUCAACUAGAUGAAGAUGGAGACCGAGCUAAGAAAUAAAACUGUUGGCGCAAUGACAUACUUGCUUCUAUGUUUAGUAUUAUAUGAAUAAAAGAUUGAAGAUUACAGCCAAUCUUGAGAUUGCAAUACCAGUGUAUUAACAAGCACAAGCAAAUAAAUAUUACAUUUAACUAAAUUAA